AUGCACGCGCCUGUAUUUUUCACCCUCUUUGCACUUUUGGCGCACGGUUUUACCGGAGCUGAGGCGCGCGCUCCGUGUUCCCCCAGGUGUGACACGGCCAGGUGCGCACCGUGUGCACCGGGAGAGAUGGGCUCACCGUGCGGCCGCAAACGCGACCCUGUGUGCGCCCCCGGGCUGGAGUGUGUGCGCACCGGGGGGAAGAAGUCCUGGAAGGGAACGUGCAGGUGUAAGAGCGGCUCUCCGGUGUGCGGCAGUGACGGGAAGAUCUACACCAGCCUGUGCAGGAUGGAGGCGGCCAGUCUCAGGGCGCAGCAGAAAGGAUUCGGUACCAUCACGGUGGCGCACGAGUACCGGUGCGCACAUACAGUCUCAGGUCCCGCCCACCCUAACAGUCCCAGGUACAAGUUUAACUUCAUCGCUGAUGUUGUGGAGAAAAUCGCUCCCGCUGUGGUUCAUAUCGAGCUCUUCGUCAGCCAUCCGCUGUUUGGUCAGCACGUACCGUUGUCCAGCGGUUCCGGGUUUAUCGUGAAGGAAUCCGGCGUGAUCGUGACCAACGCUCACGUGGUGACCAGUAACGCCGGCACGGCGAGUCGACAGCAGCUUCGCGUGCAGCUACACGAUGGCAAAACGUACGAGGCCGCCAUAACGGACAUAGACAAUAAAGCCGAUAUCGCCACCAUCAAGGUCAACCCACAGAAAAAGCUGCCGGUGCUUCCUCUGGGACGGUCAGUUAACCUGCGCCCGGGGGAGUUUGUGGUGGCCAUCGGCAGCCCCUUCGCCCUGCAGAACACGGUGACCACUGGCAUCGUGAGCACGGCACAGAGAGACGGCAAGGAGCUCGGUAUCCAAGACUCGGACAUGGAUUAUAUCCAGACAGACGCCAUCAUUAACUAUGGAAACUCUGGGGGGCCUCUUGUUAACCUCGAUGGCGAGGUGAUUGGCAUCAACACACUGAAGGUUACAGCGGGCAUCUCCUUUGCCAUUCCGUCAGACCGCAUCCUUCGAUUUCUAGAAGAGUCUUACAACAAGCAGUACAAAGAUAAACACAGACUGGUGACGCUGCAGUUUACACCAUCUCAGACUGGCGUACCUGAGUCAGAAGUAAAAAGCACCAGGAAAAGGUUUCUUGGAAUCAGAAUGAUCACCAUCACAAAGGAUCUGGUUAAAGAGCUGAAGCAGCUCGAUCCCUCGUUCCCAGACAUCAUCAGCGGGGUUCUUAUUCACCAGGUCAUUCCAGAUUCACCCGCCCAUAACGGCGGACUGGAGAUAGGCGAUGUUAUCGUGAAGCUAAACGGCCGGCCGUCACUCAGCACAGACGACGUCCAGUCGGCACUUAGAGGAGACGCCUCCCUUCUCUUAGAGGUUCAGCGCGGCCAUAAUAGUUUACUAUUCAGCAUCGAACCUGACGUUAUCAUGCAUUAAAAAAAUGUUUUACAGACUUUAUGGAUCAAGUUUGAGAUCUAAAGGACUUUAAAGUGUAAAUUUAAA